AUUGCAUCGAGGAGGACGAUCUAUGCCUAUAUCUUAAACCGUGGCGAUGGAACUAAUCUAACCUAAAACCACUAAACCAGAGGACGUGAAAGUCAAUGUUGGUAUUUUGAUUUAAGGAAAAAGAGUUGUCAGAAUUAUCCGAACGUGUUAAUUAGGUGUGACUAUUUUCAGAAAGAAUAAUCAUGUCGGUUCCAAAUGAUAGUUUAGCCGAUCUGGAUUGGGUGAAGCUUCGCGAAGACAUGGACAACGUCGCUCGCGGGCCUGAGACAUUUACGCAGAAGCUGAAUCGUAAAUUCAGAGAGAAUCCUUUGGUACCAAUCGGCUGUUUCUUGACAACUGCAGCUCUAUCCUACGGGCUUUACUCCUUUAAAACAGGGAAUCGUCAGAUGUCACAGUACAUGAUGCGAGCCCGUGUCGUUGCCCAAGGUUUAACCGUUGUCGCAUUUGUGCUUGGGAUGGGUGCAGCCGCCAGCAGGAAAUAGACUUGCUGACUUGUAUACUGUGCAGAGUUAGUUGUGCGAUGUCAAAAUUGUAAUCUCCAUUCAUUUUUAGGAGUCGUAUUACUUACACACUCGUAAUGAUAUUUUGCAAGCGUGAGAGAAAUUACUAAUUGCAAAUUAUUAUUUAAGCUACGUAUAUUGUACAAAUAAAAUAGAUUUUUCUUUGCGUAAAUCAAUAUUCAAACUUGUAUAGGUAUUAUGUAUGUAUAUAUCAUGUGCAUAGGUUUAUAACAGACUUUAACUUUGUAGGGACAUUUUUUGUUGGUUGACUGUCACCGUCGAAGACUCGAUUCGCAUUUCAAUAUCCACCUUGAAUAUUGUAUAUGUAAUUACAUGUAUUUUUUAAGUCUUUAAUAUCAAGGAGGCAGCUGAAUAAAAUUAUUGGCAUUAUUUCAUUGAUAAUUAAUAAAAACUAAUAUUUAUAAAUACUCUGAUUUAUUACAAUUGCAUUAUACACAUAUUAUUAAAUCAUAGAUGUAAUUUUAUUUAGAUCAUAAUUAUAGUGAUACAACGUUUUUCUGAAUUAAUAGCAAUCUUUUCUACGUUAUAGACACACUACCGUAAUGGUGAUGAAAAAUUACGUACAAAAAGGUCCUAGUAGCAAUAUCUGAGAAAACUUUUAUAAUAUCUACUUACUAGUUUUUAAAGAAAUUUCAACGAAAACCAUAUUGUUUUAUUAUAUCUCAAAAAUUGCAAAACGAAUCCCCUCCAAGUGUAUCAUAAAAUCAUACUUAUGAAUCGUUAUUUUUCUGUUAUAGGUAUGCCAUUUAUUGCAAUCUUUUGCACACAUCGUGAAAAUAAACAUCUAUGUAUAUAAUUUUACUGUAGAAAAGAUUAAGAAAAGGGACAAAAAUAAAACGGAGUUCUUUUCCAUGUAUGAUGUGUAAUAUGGCAGCUUGAUACGAUUAGAUAAUAUACUAUAAUCUAGUGAAUUGUGAAUUGUACGGACGAAUAUAAUAACCGAUCUUGCAUUUUUCGUAUACAUUACUGAACAGUACUUUGCGCGGUAAUUGAACGAUUGAAAUUGAAAUGCUCUAAAAAAUAAUUUUGCAACAGUAAGCAAGAAACAUUGUCGUGAAGUAGUGGAAAAAAUCUUUAAAAAAAGAGAUGACUAUGCCAUUCCAGACUUUUUUCCAAGUAAAUCUGACUUUCAGCUCUGUGUGAGAGAUGACCAAUGAGUAUGUUCAACUAUAUUUCUCUGUACUUCCUUUGGCAACAAAAUUAACGAAACUUAUUGCAUAAUCAUCACAACUUGGUGAUGCGCGUACAAAACUUUGUCCUGUAUGUCUAACAAUUUCAUUUGUCAAAAAGA